AGCGACAGCCCUCCUUCGCUGGCUCGCUGCGGCAGAAGGCAGGCGAGCGCCGGCUCUAGCCCGACGCCCACGCCGACGCCCACGCCGACGCCGGCUUGCCGCCCCCGUCCUCCCCGGACCGCUCGACCCCGUCCCUGGCUCCCUGUCCCCCGCCUCCUAUCCUCCGCGCGACCGUCGGCCCGCCCGCCCGAUUCCGCACAUGCGGGAAUGAUGGAGGAGGUCGGCUCUGAUGGCACGGCGGCGGAAGGCGCCGGCAGCCAAGGCACCGGGGAGGGGGAGAGAGCCAGCCCGACGGCACCGCCGGCUCUGCCACCGCCUCCUCGGCCCUCCCUCUUAAGGCGCACUGGACAUCAUCAGAAACCCUCCACGGUGGCUGUGAUGGAUGUGGGGUGGAGGAAGAAAUGGGGGGCGGGUACGGGCAUUUUCAUCGUGCUCAUGCUUGUCAUGUCUGCCAUCCCGCAUGAAGAUGACUGCCACGACUUCGCCGACCAACGCAAACUUUUCCUUGGGAUCCCUAAUACGCUGAAUGUGGUCUCAACAUUCUGUUUCUUUUUUGUCGGUCUCGCUGGGCUCAUCCUUAACCACUGCAAAAGCUACUCUAGGCUAAGCUCACACCGUGGUCUCUUCACACUUAUCUUUGUUGGCAUCAUAGCUGUUUGUUUUGGUUCAUCCUGUUACCAUCUCAACCCGAAAAAUGCCACCCUAUUUUGGGAUACAUUGCUAAUGAUGAUCACUUUCACAUCUUUCGAGGCCAUUUUUGUUAUGGAAAGGUUUGAUGAUUGGGCAGGAACAAAGUCCAUUGCAUCAACAAGCUACUGGUUAUGGGCAGCAGGAUUUUACGUCCUUGCGAGACUAGAAGAGGUCGCAGACAAACCAAUUUACAGGUGGACGCUUCAAAUUGUUAGUGGGCAUACUCUUGGUCAUUUAUGUGCUGCGAUGGCACCUCUUUUUCUGAUUCUCAUGUUAGCAAAAAGGACAAGGCCAACUGAACCAGAAAGACACAGGAUUCCAGUUCAACUAAAGCUUACUUUCAUGGUCUGCUUAUUGGUGCCCAAGAUGAUCUGCUUAUGGGUGCCCAAGAUACAGGUUAGUGCCAUCAUGUAUGAAAUGAGCAUUCUGAUGUGGGAGUUCGGUGCUUGGUAUGUGGCUCGUUCCGUUAACCAGACAAAGAUCUCCGAGGAGCGAGCAGUAGAAACCCCAAUUCGUGCUCGGCAAAGAGUGCCACGUAUCCGUGGCCUUCUGGGAAUGGACAUUUACAAGAAUAAGGUGCUUGAAUUCUUGCAGAGUGAGCGAUCGGAUGAGUCAGUCUUUGGUUUGUGGGGCACGUCGGGUGUUGGCAAGACACGGCUGCUCUCGCUCAUUGCUGAUAGCUAUUGUGAUUCAUUUUGUCACGUCAUACCUCUUGAUGGUGGCAGUAGCGUGCGUGUUAUGCAGAAUCAUCUCGCGUAUUUCUCGAAUAUGGAUUGGAAGAGGAUGUCGUUGGCAGAUGAGCAGUGCCGAGCUAAAGCUAUCAGUGAGUGGCUGGAGCACCACAGUUUUUUGGUCCUGUUAGAUGACGUGCAAGAUGGAUAUUACCCAGACUUGAGAGCUGUCGGUUUGCCAAUGACUCUUGGGCGCCGGCAAAAAGUUGUUCUUACCUCGAGGAGCCAGGUAGUAUGUCGUCACAUGGGAUGCACCAUAUCAAACACUCUGGAGAUGAAGUGCCUUGGGGAGGAAGAUGCUUGGAGCCUCUUCAAGUACAAUGCUGGAGUGGAAAUCACAGAGGCUGAUGACGAAAUUUUCGAGUUUGCAAAACAGAUGGUUUCGGCAUGUGAAGGGUUGCCUAGAGCCAUACAUGCCAUUGGCAUAGGUGUUGCUGGAGCGACUUGCCGUGGCAAGCAUCCAGCUGAUUGGCGGUAUGCCUACAAGCGUUUCAAGGCUAAAAACCUGCCACCCGAGCGAAUGGAGGAGAUCGUGGCUGUUCUGGUUUAGGCAACUUGUGUCUCGCAGCAUUGGCUUGCCGGAGCUGGGGAGAUUUGGUUUGGGGCUCGUUUUUCUCGUUGCUGUUACAAUCAAGAGCGAAGAGUUGAAUGUUGGUUUGAUGGAUGCCUGAUUGUACAUAUGAUCGUGUUUUAGGAUACUAAUUUGCAGUGACAAGCCAGCCUGCAGCCGGCUCUGUAUGUACUAUGUAGUCUGCAUCUAUGUGACAGGAGGCUGAAGAUAGUUUGCCAAGCAAGGGGGCUAGUAUUGACUUGGCAGUCUGUGAUGAGCAUGUUGCUCCAUUUUCUUACUAUUUUAGGCACUUGUAGUGAGAUAAUGAUGCUGCAAUGGAAGGGAGGGGCUGUGUUCUGAGAUAAUCCUGCUGUCGCAGAAGUGUUGCUCGUGAGACGCUGCUA